UCAGCCCGGACAUACUCAACCAGCGACGAGGGAGUCGCCGACCGUCGAUUCUGCCCGUGCCGGACAUGUUCACGUCAUCAUCGUUCAGCAUUUCCGGCGAGGACGGCAUCGAUGGUGAGGACAACGAGAGCGACGACGAGCUCGACGACGACGUGCCUUGGCGGUCCCCGUCCGAGAAGAUUGCCGCCGGAAGUGCAGACCUUUCUCUGCUGCAAACGGUUUCGCUCGUUCUGAGCUCAUCCGGCGAAUCCAAAUGUUGUAGUUCGACAUCCGAAUCCAAAGACUCGACUCAUACACCCCCUGCAUGGCAUACUGAUUGUUCGCGGAUCGUGAAAGGCUUCCCACCCGUCUCCCCGUUCAUCGGUGUCAGUCCCACGCUCUGUUUCCUGCUGAAGGAGAAAAAGCCACUGUGUUGCUUACAACUUGCUCAAGUCUGUGAACACUGUAGUUAUAGGAACGCGAAGGAGUACCAAUGGCAGAACAAGACCAUCAUCUUGGCCGCCGACUACGCGUCGAACGGAAUCUACAAUUUUAUCAUCCCGCUGCGGGCUCACUUCCGAUCGAAAACAUCGCUCAAUCCGAUCAUCCUGCUGCUGGAACGAAGACCUGACAUUGCCUUUCUGGACGCAAUAUCCUACUUCCCACUGGUUUACUGGAUGCUAGGGUCAAUCGACUGCCUCGAUGAUCUGCUACGCGCCGGAAUAACGCUGGCCGAAAACGUGGUCGUCGUUAACAAGGAACUGUCGAACUCGGCCGAAGAGGACACUCUGGCCGACUGCAACACCAUAGUGGCCGUGCAGACCAUGUUCAAGUUUUUCCCUAGCAUCCGCAGCAUCACCGAGCUGUCGCAGAGCUCCAACAUGAGGUUUAUGCAGUUCCGAGCGCACGAUAAAUACGCACUGCACCUGAGCAAAAUGGAGAAGGUACUUAUCGGACUCUCGACCGCUCCGCUGCAGGACAACACUCACGUUUUAUCCUCUCCAUCUGAGCAGCGGGAGAAAGAGCGUGGCUCACACAUAUCAUACAUGUUUCGUCUACCGUUUGCCGCGGGGAAUGUGUUCAGUGCCUCGAUGCUGGACACGCUGCUCUAUCAGGCGUUCGUGAAGGAUUAUGUGAUUACCUUCGUUCGGUUGCUGCUCGGCAUCGAUCAGGCACCGGGAAGCGGUUUUCUCACGUCGAUGAAAAUCACCAAGGACGACAUGUGGAUCCGUACGUACGGCCGGCUGUACCAGAAGCUGUGCUCCACGACCUGCGAAAUUCCGAUCGGUAUCUAUCGCACCCAGGACACGUCCAGUGCGGACGCAUCACAUUACGAGGAGGAAGUGGUUACGACCACCGCCACCGCUAGCAGCACCUCGGCCAGCGGCGCACCGAUCAAGGGCGUCGCGGAAGCGAACCUCCGGGGUGUUACCUAUCGUCCACCGCCGGCGACGGUUCGCAAGUCGUCGUCCUGUCUGGGUGGAUGCACCGCCCGUAAAGGAUCGAGCUAUUCGAUAAAUAUGGCCGACGAAGCGCGGGAUAAUCAUGUGCAGCAAAUCGAACGGGCCGAGAUCGCCAAUCUGGUGCGCAGCCGAAUGGAGUCGCUCAACCUGCCCAGCAUCGACUAUGACGAUGUGAGCGAAAAGCGCAACCACCUCUCGUACGUCAUCAUCAAUCCGUCGUGCGAUCUGAAGCUCGAAGAAGGUGACAUUAUCUACCUGGUACGACCGUCACCGUUCUCGGCCCAGAAAACGUUCGAACGGCACAACUCGCGGCGCAAGUCCAACAUAUCAUUCUGCUCCAACAUCAACCUGGCGGCGGCGGCGGCGGCGGCCGGCUCCCGGCGGGGCUCUGGCAUCGGCCUGAACACCAUCGGUGGACCGCAGGCGAUGUCAGGUUACGUAACGCCCCGGCCGCCCCCGCUCGUCACAACAAAAUCGAAUUCUCUAUCUCUUCCAGAUAGUCCUAAUGCAAUGGGACAGAUGCGGGGAAGGAGCAACUCCUUGAGGAUCGACAGCGACAUUCUGCUGCGGCGCUCCAACUCACUGCGGCAGGGACUACCGCACAUCGGAGCGGCCGGCGGACGACGAAAAUCAUCACUAGAGGAGAUCGGCAUCAGCCACUUUGCCACGCUGAUGCAGGCAACGAACCACACGAACCCGAUCAAGAUUGCACUGAACGGCAGCAUCGGACUGGAGGUAACGCCACCGGAGGAACCACUACCGAUCAUCGGGGUACCGUGCAUGGGCGGAGGCAUCAACCCGUCCGGGCUCGGUGGCCCCGGCUCGGUGCUCGGCGGAUCGACACUCGGUGGCUCCACGCUCGGCCUAAGCAACGCGAUGGAGUCCUGCGGCAACAACAGCGCCUCGACGCCCAACAUCCAGCUACAAAACGACUCCCCGUCGGGCUCGGCGUCGCAACAGCAACAACAGCAGCAGCAGCAGCAACCGCAUCACCUGCACGGAACGAUAGUAUGA